CGUCGUGCGGUCAAACCCCCCCGGGGCUCCGAGUUUCAAUGCAAAGUUUCCCCGGAACAGCUGAUAUGGACGCGGGGCUCCGUUACCCGGGCAAGGUGGUGGUCGUGACGGGGGGCACCAGCGGCAUAGGUCUGGCCAUCGUGGAAGAAUUUGUUCGCCAGGGAGCCUCGGUGGUCUUUUGUGCCCCAGGAUCUGAAGAAGAAAGGGGACGAGCAAUUGAGGAGGACCUGAAAAAUUCUGGGAGCCCAGGGAAAAGUUGCUUCCAGGUCUGUGAUGUCCGCAGUGAGACGGACAUUAAGGCAUUGAUUUCGGUGACCAUAGAACGUUACGGAAACCUGGACUGCCUAGUGAACAAUGCCGGAGGGCACCCCCCUGACCAGACGAUAGAUGAGGUGAGCGCCCAGGAGUUCCGUGGCCUCAUGGACCUCAACGUAGUGAGCUGUUUCUUAGCAUCAAAGUUUGCAUUGCCCUACCUUCGGAAAUCAAGAGGGAACAUCAUUAACAUUGCCAGUCUCGUGGGGAGUAUUGGGCAGAAGUGUGCCGUGCCGUAUGUGACCACCAAGGGCGCUCUUCUAGCAAUGACCAAAGCCAUGGCUAUAGAUGAGAGCAAAUAUGGUGUACGAGUCAACAGCAUCUCACCUGGGAACAUCUGGACUCCUAUGUGGAAAAACCUAGCCAGCCAGGUGGCCAAUGAGGAAGCAGCGAUCCAGGAAGGCAGCGAUGCUCAGCUCCUGGGACGGUUUGGGACUCCAGCGGAGGUGGCGGCGGCUACCCUGUACCUGGCUGCGGAUGGCAAGUUUUGCACAGGUAUCGACCUAGUGCUCAGUGGCGGAGCUGAACUUGGCUACGCAAAGAAGAACCAGUUUGACCUGUGACAGCUAGUGGGUUAGAGCUGGGAGCCAGCCAGCUCAAGGAAGUGAAAGAGCAUUAGCGAUUGCAAAUGGGGAGGGCAGAAGAGCUGGAACCGUUAAACGCCUGGCUACUGUCUUUGUUUCUUGGCAGAACUUCAUUUUAGCAAACUCACUGUGAACAAGAGAGUGAGGCCAGCCACAGGUUCUUGUUUCUCUUUCUCUGUUUUUGGGUGUGCACUGGUAGGCUGGUGGUCGCCUCGAUUGGGACUUCCCAUGCUUUAUUAUGCUUUGGGUUUUGUCGACAGGCAUUGUAUUUUGCACCUGAGGUUUUUAAUAUGAAGCGGACCAUCUUCCAGAGCAGCAGGGUAUGAAUAUUUUAAUAAACAUUCCUAAAUCA